GAUGGGGAAGGGCUUAAAGGCUGAGUCAAAAGCCAAGAAGUCUCUUUAUUUACGCCUACCUCCCAGCCCCCGGCAGUCUGACUGAUAACAAACUGAGCUAGCAAGAAAGACUAGAAAGAGCACAGAGAGCACAGAAGCAGCUAGGAUCUAAAAAUCUGACAAGCCGAGUGAUCCAGUAAAGCUGUGCUUAACAUCUUGUUUGUUUACUGCAUCCCAGUGCUUGCAAACAGUUAACUGCAUGCGGAAAAAUCAGCAUAGCUGUUAAGUAUGCUGUGAAUUUUAAUCGAGGGAAAAGGAAAACUGCUUACAGGACGGUCUAAUGUACCCUCUGGAUUUUUUCUUUUCAGUUUGGACGCUUUGUACUUUGUCUUCUAAACAAGGAUUCUGACUUCAUGGAGCUGUAGUAUCACCGGAGCAUUCAGCAAAUAAUCUGAGAAGAAAGAGUACAUUUUUCACGGAGAAAAAUUACAUUGUAUUCACACAGCUGUUCCAAUUGUGUGUUACUGAGAAUUUCAGGGAGUUUCACUGCUGUACAGAAUCUGCUGAGCAAGAUGAAGCUCUGGAUUUUAGUGGUAUGUUCAAUUCUGGUUGCAUCUGAUCCUUUCCAGUCAGAAACAUCUUUUACUAGAGUCAGAGGAUCUUGUCAGAGUUUGUGUUCCUGUGAAGAAAAGGAUGACAUUAUGAUUAUAAACUGUGAAGAAAGAGGCAUCAAGAUGGUGUCAGAAAUAAAUGUCCCACCAUCACGGCCUUUCCAUCUUAAUUUGUUAAACAAUGGCCUGACAAUGCUACAUGUGAAUGAUUUUGCUGGCCUUGUUAAUGCUAUCUCUCUUCAUCUUGGAUUUAAUAAUAUUGCAGAUAUUGAGCCUGGGGCUUUUAAUGGUCUCAACCUUCUUAAGCAACUUCACAUCAAUCACAAUUCUUUAGAAAUACUUAAAGAAGAUACAUUUGAUGGAUUAGAAAAUUUGGAAUUUCUUCAAGCAGACAACAAUUUCAUCACAGUGAUUGAAGCAAGUGCCUUUAGCAAGCUUGGUAGGCUUAAAGUGCUUAUUUUGAAUGAUAAUGCUAUUGAGUACCUUCCUCCAAACAUAUUUCGUUUCGUGCCAUUGACUCAUUUAGAUCUUCGGGGAAACCAGUUACAGACACUACCAUAUGUUGGCUUUUUAGAACACAUAGGUAGAAUUCUAGACCUUCAGCUGGAAGAUAAUAAAUGGGCUUGUAACUGUGAUUUGCUUCAGCUGAAGACAUGGCUGGAAAACAUGCCUCCCCAGUCAAUAAUAGGAGAUGUUGUAUGCAAUAGUCCUCCAGUUAUCAAAGGCAGCAUACUAAACAGGUUGAAAAAAGAAUCACUUUGUCCUAUUCCGACUGCCAAUGAACUUGAAGAUCCUUCAGGGUCAUUGCCCUUGGUUGUAACCACCUCUGUAAGUGACAGUCACCUGUCAACUAAUGUCAUUCCUAUACUGAAAGCUCCUACUAAAGAAACAAAUUUAAUAUUUCAUACUUCAAAGCCACCUACACAAUUUCCAGGAAUCUAUUGUCCCAUUCCCUGUCACUGCACCAGCCAUAUGCUCUCAGGAGUUCUCAUGCACUGUCAGGAGCGAAAUAUUGAAAGCCUGUCUGAUUUAGGACCUCCUCCUACAAAUCCUAAAAAACUUAUUCUAGCUGGAAACAUUAUUCAGACAUUACUUAAGUCAGAUCUUAUGGACUAUGCUAGUCUGGAAAUGCUUCAUUUGGGGAACAAUCGUAUUGAAAUCCUUGAGGAAGGGGCUUUCAUGAAUCUGACUAGACUGCAGAAACUGUAUCUCAAUGGCAAUCAUCUUACAAAGCUAAGCCAGAAUCUGUUCCUUGGCCUUCAGCACCUUGAAUACUUGUACCUUGAAUAUAAUGCCAUCAAAGAAGUUUUACCAGGGACAUUUAAUACAAUGCCAAAACUUAAGGUCCUCUAUUUAAAUAAUAACCUUUUGCAGACUUUACCACCCCAUAUCUUUUCUGGGGUGCCACUUGCCAGAUUAAAUCUGAAAACAAACCAGUUUUCUCAUUUGCCUGUGAGCAAUGUUUUGGAUGAACUGGAUAUGUUGGUACAAAUUGAACUUGAAGACAACCCCUGGGAUUGUACAUGCGAUUCAGUUGGACUGCAAAAAUGGAUACAAAAGCUGAGUAAGAGUACAAUGAUGGGCGACAUUUUUUGUAAAUCUCCAGGACACUUAGAAAAAAAAGAACUGAAAUCCCUCAACAGUGAAGUCUUAUGUCCAGAUUUAAUAAACAGCCCUGCCCUACCAACUCAUGCCAGUUUUGUAGUUGUAACAACUUCUACUACUACUAGCAAUGCUGCAGACAACAUCCUACAAUCACUUACAGAAGCUGUCCCACUUUCUGUUCUAAUACUGGGACUUCUAAUUGUGUUUAUAAUUAUUGUAUUUUGUGCAGCAGGAAUAGUUGUUCUUGUUCUGCAUCGGCGGCGAAGAUGUAAAAAGAAACAAGCCAAUGAACAAAUGAGGGAUAGUAGCCCAGUUCACCUUCAGUACAGCAUGUAUGGGCAUAAGACAACACAUCACACAAUGGAGCGCCCAGCUGCAGCUCUCUAUGAACAACGUAUGAUUACUCCCAUGGUUCAGGUCUAUCAUAGCCCAUCUUUCAGCCCAAAGCAUACUGAACAACAAGAAGAGGAAAGUGAGAAAGCAACUAAUGAUUCCAAACAUCUCUGCAGAAGUCUCCUGGAAAGAGAGAAUAGUUCACCACUUACUGGUUCAAAUGUCAAAUAUACAGCUGCAGAUCAGUCUGCAGAAUUUCUGUCUUUUCAAGAUGCCAGCUGCUUGUACAGAAACAUUCUUGAAAAAGAGAGGGAACUGCAGCAACUUGGAAUCACAGAGUACUUAAGAAAAAAUAUUGUUCAACUCCAACCUGAAAUGGAAGUACAUUAUCCUGGAACACAAGAGGAACUGAAGCUAAUGGAAACACUAAUGUACUCCAGACCAAGAAAGGUUUUUCUAGAACAAACUAAAAAUGAGUAUUUUGAACUCAAAGCUAAUUUACAUGCUGAGCCUGACUACCUAGAAGUCCUGGAACAGCAAACAUGAAGUGAUAAAACAUUGGGCUAGGGCCAAAUUUCUGUAAUUCCAUUUUAAGUUGGAACUGUUGAAAAUAAAAGUGCCUUGUAAUGACAUGUCAACAGUCAAAACAUAAGCACAACAGUAAUCCUAGCAAAAAACAAAACAAAAAAAGAAACAAACAAACAAAACCAACAAAACUCAGGGAUCACUGUGGGAAGCCAUGGGGUUGUGUGUAGACAAUAUGUUUCAACUCAAACAUGAAUUGUGUGAUUGAACUGUGAGAGGAUGAUUGCUUAUUGCAAUAUUCCUUAGCAUUUUUUUUAAAGGUGUGUAUGACAUUCUUUGUGUACCUAACCUAUGAAAAAAUGUUUGUUACCUUUAGUCUCUGGUUUUCCCCUAGCUUAAUUAGAUUCCUUAAAACAAACACAAAAAGAAAAACAAACAAACCCUCCCACCGGUGUUUGUAGUUAGAAGCUUAGAGUGCAUUAAGUAUUAGUAUGAGUUCUGCAUACAUGACCGUUGUCUACAACCACACCUAACAUACUCUUAUAAUAAAUAUGAAAGGAUUUAAAAUAUUGUCCUGCUAAAUGUCCAUUAAAAACAAGAAAAGAAUGAUUUUUGUGUAUCCACCCAUUGACACAGCCUGCAUAGAUUUGAUUUUUUUUUGAACUUCAUCAUAUGCGUUCUUUAUCAGUACUAGGAACAAAAUAAAAAAUAAUUUAAAAAAAAUCUACGUUUACCCAACGUCUUACACAAAGAAACACUGCAAGCAUUUUGAUAUUUACCCUAUAUGAUAGCUUUACUUAAGUUUGGACAAUCUUUCUUAAGCUGCUGCUAUAAAACAUUGUGUAUCACUGGUGUUUCAACUCACAGUCAUGGGCAAUUGGAAAAGCUACUGAGACUCAGCUGUAAAUAUCUUGCUGUAUUUAAUAAGUUUGAUUUUUUAUGUCUAUAUAUAAAAACAAUUUCUGUGCUGGCUUUAAAUAUCCUUGGAGGAAAUUAGUUUGCUGCAACUAGGAGCUUCCAUGUGCAAAAGCAGGUUCUUUCCCUCACUACCCAAGAGCAACUUCCAAAUAGAACAACUGCAACAAAGCAUAUGUGUGAGGAACAGUAAUAUUAUUUAGCUGUUGUUUGUACAAAAAUAUGUUAUAUUUUGCAGAAUCUAGAAAAAAGUAAUGUGUUGUGGAAAAAAUACAAAAAAAAAAAAAAAGAAGAAAAAAAGAAAAAAGUAGAACACGUCAGAUUUAUUUUUGCAAGGAAUUCUAGCUAGAUUUAUAUAUACUAUUUAUUCUGUAUAAUUUUGUAUUUCUUUUUCAACUCACUAGAAUAGAAAAAUCUUAUUCCUAGCUGCCUUUCAGGAAAUAUAAGGAACUGGUCUCUAUCAGUGAAAAUGAAAUAAAGAAAUUUUUAAAUGUCAUGUUCUUAGAAUUCACUUUUCAAAGAAUAAGGCAGCAAUUUCUGCAUGCAUAAGUUUAGAAUUGUUCAGAAAUUGUCAGAAGACAAUGCUUUUCAUUGUUGUCAUGUAGACAGGAUUGUCUUGUCUGGAGUGCAGUAAGGUCAUUCAGUUUCUGUACAUGACUGACACAAUGCUAAAACACAAAUUUUGACCUUCAUAUAUCUUCCUCUGAGCAAAUCUUCUGUAAACUGACUAUGUAUGAAGAACUUCCAUUUUGUUAAUUUCUGUUUGUUGGCCUAAGGAUCAACUGAAUUGCCACAUACCUACAUUUGAAUGCCAGACUUUACACUAAAGUCUUGAUAAACACAAAGAUACAUAUUCUUUAGUUGAUCUCACUGCUGAUAUAUUACCUAUAUAUCCUAUAUAUUACCUAUAUUACCUAUAAAAAUGUGAGUUCUUCAUUUUGUGUGCAUAGAGGUUUACAGGUUUCUGACAUAUUUUUUUUCCCCUAUAUUAUAUACACAAUCAGAUUCUCAGUUCUUUCAAAUUUGCAUAAAGAUAAUGUCUUAAAUGGUGCUAGUCUAUUUUCUGUAACUGGAGGAUCUGACCACUUGCCUCUAUUAACAAAUCAUUUUCCUUAUUAACAUUUUUGAGAAGUCAUCACUUUCCUAUUGAAAUAAACUCCUUGGUUUUCAAGAAUAAAAAUGCUAUAUAUUAGAAAAUAAUAAUAUUUCUUCUUUCUAUGAAUGAGAAUAAUUUAGUUUAGUAUACCUCUGUAUUCAUAAGAAUUAGGAAGAGUAAAUCUGGUUACAGUUUAUAUUUUUUUCUUGGUAUCUUUGUUCUAGACAAAGGUUAUGCUGAGUACUACUUGUGGAGGUAAGGCAAUGCUGGAAAAUGCUACUACAUUAGAUUUACAUUAGCUGAAUUAUCUAGUGUUAUUUUAGCUGUCCUUGCACUUAAGACGUGAUUGGACUUCAUAGACCUGUCACAGAUUCUAUGGAAACCCAAACCUUGUUCUCUAGGAGUGACCAGAUCUCAAUUGGGAUUGCGUAGAACAUUAAAGUGAUACUAGUUUUCUACAUUUCAGCAGUUAAAUUCCACUCAGAAAAUAAUCUAAUAAUAAUUGAUGGGGGAAAAAAAAAAUAAUAAUACUUCAGUCAAUGGGAAUUGAACUAAUAACUGACUAAAUAUUGAAUCUUCCCCACAAGUGUUCUUUUCUAAAUUCUCAGGGAUUUAAAAGUUGUGCAAAGAGAAAAAUAACAAAUAUUUAUAUGGUACAUUAUAAGCUUUAGUACUUAAGUAUUUUGGUGUCUUUCAUUUCAGUAGUAAUUUCUAUUAGCAAAAAUGGGUGUAAAAUUAAUACUCUGUAAUUGGCAAGAUACAGGGAAAUGAUCAUUCAAGCCCUCAGGCCUGAUUAAAGUGAAAUAGUUUCAGACUAAAGACAAUUGCCACAUGAACAGAUGUCACUUUGCUUAGCUAUUAACAGAAAAUUGGCAGAAUGCUGAGGACAACUGUGUGACAAAACAUUCUUCUUCAUUGCCAUCUCAAGGCAUCAGAAAAAAAGAAUGAGCUAAAUUCAUAUCAGAGCAACUCAGUUACAAAGCUGUAUCGGAGCAUCACUCAGAACAAAUGAAGAGCUUUAGCUUUUAGCUUUCCCUCAGAUGGGAGAUUCAGACCAUUCAUUAUAUCAGGGUGACUGUUCUCUGUGGUAGUCUGUAAAAGUGCAAGUUUUGAAAUAUCCAGGAAUCACAAAAAUAUGUCACAUCAUCCAUUUUCCUAUCAUCUUUUCCUACUGGACUAUCAUGUAUUAAAUGUUGUAUGAUGAGGUGAGAGCAGGUCUGUCUGUUUUCUUUCCUCAUAUUAACAUUCUAAGACUGUUCUUUUCCAGCUGUGAGGAAAAUGGAUAUUGACAAAACAAAAUGGGAUAAGAAUUUGUCUUCAUAUAAUUAUUAUUCAGCUGAAGAAUAUCAAUAUUAGCUAACACUUAUAAAGUCAAAAAACAAAGAAUGUAUUAUAUUUGAAAGGGAAAAGGAUGAAUUAUCUAUUUGUAAAGGUUCUUUGGUAUAUGUUCAUUAUAGUAAUUUUAAAAGUUACCUGAUAUUGUUACUGUUAUUUCUGGAAACCUGGAAGAUUCAUUCAGAUUUUAUUUAUUUAUUAAAGCCAUGUUCUGAUAUAUAUAUGUCAGAACAUGUAUAUAUAUAUAUAUUUUAUUUUUUUUUUUCCAAUGACAGAUACAAUAAAGUGGUUUCAUAGCUUUCACUUAGCUAGAAUAACAGAGGCUGGAAGAAAAGCUAGAAGUUUGACAGUGCAGCAAAGUGAAUCAUUUUUUCUUCUGUCAGCAUGAUCAUUAAACUGUGUGCACGAACGGUGUUUUAUCAAGCAAACUAGUGUACUUGAGAGGUAUGUUAUUGUUGCUAGGUUGCUUUGAGAUAACCAACACUACUAUUGUUCCAGGUAUCGGUAUAUAUUUAAUUAAUUAAUUUAUUUAUUUAUUUUAACAUAAAUGAGCUGUAGGUGGAGACAAUAUAAGGAACAUACUUGCCACACUGAAAGGAUAUAGCAUGGUAUUUUCUUUCCUGCACAUCUCCUAGCAGUCAGCUUUGGCCUUUUGACACAAUAGUAUAAAUUCUUAAGAGACACAGUCUAAUGGGAAGCAGCUAACCUCAAGAAAAAAGUAAAACACCAGAUGUUGUUCAGCUCUAUGAGAGCAAGAUGUGAUUAAUUUUCUUUUUGUUGUUGUUUCUGUUUUUCAAUCAACUUCAACAAGAUGGAGUACAUAUGUUCCUCUUAUUACUACUACAAGGACUUCUAUAAUAUUUAGUUCACACUAUGGAAUGAUGGCAUAGGGAAAAGAAACAGUGACUUAAUUUUAUAUAUCAAAGAGUAGUGCUACUAUUAUAAUUUCAUCUGUUUACUUCUCAUUUUGAGACAAGUUAUUUUAGGAAAUAUGAUUUUAAAAAAUCUUGCCGUUUUAAUUAAUUACCUAAAAAACUACACAUGAGUACAUAAUUAACUGCUCAAACGGAAAGAAAUCUGGAAUAGUUUAUAAAAGCAGAAAUCUUUCCUAAGGAACAUUAUCACGAGCUUCUUGCUCUUUUUAUAAAUAAAAUGUAACAUUUUAUUAUUUUUUUAGCUCAUAAAGCUAUUAUUUUUAGUCAAAAUUAAGAGCCUUAUGAGCAUUUUUGCAUUUUUUAAUUAAAAGCCAAUAUAACAACUUCAUUAUUAUGCAUAUUUGGGUUAAGUACAUAUUAGAAAUGUUUAUACUAAGACACAAUAAAAAGACCAGUACCACAGAAAAUAAUCUAAUACCCUUCUCCUCUUUGUGUAGAAGCAACACAGUGUGCUGUUCAAAAAAUGUAUAUUUCCUAGGUAAGAAGAAAAAUAUACAUUAUUUUUAUCUUAGUUAUAUUUACUUUAGGAGAUGUGAAAUAUUUUGAAUUACUGUCCAUAUGGUGCAGUGUCAUGCUUAGAUCAUAUGAGUUUGCAAAUAUUUACGUUCAUAUUUAGAACAAUGAAAUGCACAUAUUUAUUAACACAGAGAUGUAACUAGAAGGCUUUGUAGACAUGCCCUUUUGUAAAUAGAAGGUAUUUGCACUUUUAAGAAGACAUUGUGUGUCAAAUAUUGUUUGAAUAUAUCUUCAAAAUGGGAUCCCAAAGAUCCUCUUACAUCUUCAAGAAACAUGUUAAAUGUAAGACUGAGGCUAUUAGUGCUGAGCUUAUUCAUGGUCAUCCAGACAGUUUGGAUGUUUGGAUAUUUGAAGGUCACUGAAAAACUUUGUAGACAACAUGCUGAAGAGCAAGACUAACAGUUAAAUGUUUAGAAGAUUCUUUUCAUCACACCCAAUUCAGUGUUCCAUAGAAUUAAAUCACGAUUUAAGAAUAAAUAUAAAAUAUUAAUAAAUCAGAAAUGUAGCAUUUAGAUGCCACUGUUCACAAAUGGUAAAUGAUUCCAUUAGAUACCAUGGAAUUAAGAUUGAAAUAGAUAGACUUUCACAGUCUUGUAUUAUGUAAGUGUCUUUAAGUGUCUUAUAACCUCAGAAAACAAGAUGGAUGAGAGGAAAUUGUUGUGUAUUGAUCACUCAUGCAUACAGAUUUUCUGAAGGCAAAUGCUGGGGAGGACAGCUAACUGCUGCCAUACAUGAUAUUAUGAAGGCUGAAUCACAUUUAAUAGAUUGUAAGAUAAUUAUGUGUUAUAGAUUUGAAACUGUCACUGCUCUAAGCUCUGAAAUGUCAUCUGAAGUCAACAGGACUUCUUGCAGUCUCAGAUUCCAUGAACUGUUUUUCGUCAUAAAAACCUCCACAGAAAAAAAAAAAAAAACAACAAAAAAACAGAAGCUUUAUUAUUUUCCUAAAGACAGUCCUGUAAAAAAUGUUAUUCUGUUUGAACUUUGUUUGCUGUCUUGAUAAAAAGGCCAUUAAAGCUUAGUAAACAUUUA